AAUUUCUGUCGAGAACCCAGGAUUUCAGACUCUAGAGACAAGAGAGGGAGUGUCGGACGAAGCUAAAUGCUGCGUCAAGCUCAAAAUCUCUUCAGAAAAACCUCAUUCUCAACCACCACCCGCCUGCCCUCCUCGCCCUUUUCCCCAAAUUUCCCUUUGCUUUUGCAAGACACUUUCUCAAAAAACCAUCAGCAAAAAUGGUUUUUGCGUUAUGUUGCAGGGUCGGCAUCCAGUCCCAGCUUGUCGAUUUGGAGAAGAAGGAAGGAGAUGGGCAAGGAGGGUCUGAUCGUCGCCAAAGAGCUUAAGAGGCUCCGGUUCAAUCAGUUACGCCUAGACCGGUUCAUCCGGUCUCAUGUGUCCCGCUUGCUCAAAUCCGAUCUCCUCGCCGUUCUCGCUGAGUUCCAGAGACAAGAUCAGAUCUUACUCUGCAUGAAGUUAUACGAUGUGGUUCGUAAAGAAAUUUGGUACCGGCCAGACAUGUACUUUUACAGGGACAUGCUUAUGAUGCUUGCACGAAACAAAAAGGUUGAUGAAGCAAAGCAGGUUUGGGAAGACCUGAAGAAAGAGGAAGUUCUCUUUGAUCAGCAUACAUUUGGGGACAUUAUCAGAGCCUUUUUAGAUAAUGAGUUGCCCUCGGAGGCAAUGGACAUAUAUGAUGAAAUGAGACUAUCCCCUGAUCCUCCAAUCUCUUUGCCUUUUCGAGUGAUAUUGAAAGGGCUCCUUCCAUACCCAGAAUUGAGAGAGAAGAUAAAAGAUGACUUUUUAGAACUGUUUCCUGAUAUGGUUGUUUAUGACCCACCUGAAGACUUGUUUGAACAUGAAGAUUGGAGAAAGAAGAUUGGGGAUGAUUAAAUGGUGCUACCACUGACACGGUCUUUGCUCCACAGGAGACUACUCUUUCCUGGGAAAAGCUAGCCAUGAGCAAGGCUAGAAGCAAUUACAUGCUUGUGAUAAGUUGAAGCAGUUGCUUGUGAGUUCCCCAUGGUUGAUCUCCUUCGCAAUGCUGCAAAAGCUCACACAUGGUCUCUACGUUCGGAAGCUUGCUUUUCAUGGCAUGCAGUGAAUAUGAGGAUUGACUACCCCUUGUUCUCACUCAGCAUGGGAAAUGGUUCAUGUGAUGCAAUUUUGAGGGCUUCAUUGAAAGCAGGAUAAUAUUUUACCAUGAUGCAUUUCUCGUAUUUUUUGGAUUUCCUAGGAAAUCGGCUGGGAUAAUAUUUUGGGUUAGAGGUUAUAACAUAAGAUCAUAAUAACAGACUUGUACUUUCCUGAAUCCCUGGACUAAUGAGAGCUAGUUUGUUUUUCA